AUGGCUGUAGCGCAGCGUAGUGGGCCCUUUUUUGCGGCCCACACGCGUAGCGUUAGCGGUGUCGUGGCGGAAUUCCGCUAUGCUACGCUAAUUGCUAACAGCGAUUCCGCUGCGUUACGCUACACUAACCGCUACGGAAACUCACGCUCCCAACGUCCUGAGUCUGUCACACAUAAAGAUACCUCAAUUCUCCGACCAGUUGAAUCAGGAAGAAGGAUCCUCUCCCCAGCCUGGCUAGAAAAUGUCAAGGUUGCAUUGAAAUCGAUCAAGAAAGGUCGGCCAAGGAUGAUUGACAUGGCAAAUAACCCAAAGGACAAGAGUAAAGCCGUAGAUCUCCAAGCUGUCCUGAUUCCACGCUCAAAUCUCACCUUUGGAGGUGCGCUCGUUGACUUGGGUGGCAAUGAUGCUGGUGCAGGUUCUGGUUCCGCAAGACUUGGUGGUUCCUCCGCUGAAGAGUCCGCUCCCAAAUCGGCAGGUGUCCGAUCAAACAAUUCCGCCUCAACAUCCAUGUCCUCCGCUUCCACACUAGCGCUUGGUACUGUGGCUUUUCUAGUGGGUCGUCUUGCUGCCGUCGGCGGUGUCACGUUUCAGGGCUUCAUGCCUCUUCCUAGCUGGAUCAGAUCGAUAGGCUCCCGAAAAAGACUGAGAUGA